CUCGUGUUUCCUGUUGGGGGCGGAGUUUAACUCGCCAACUACAGAACCGGAGGCUGUGGGACUUCAGAAGAAAGCGACGUCGCUGUUGAAAGCUGCUUUUGUGUAACUCAAAAUCUAAAGCUACGUUUAAAGCGUUUCAAACUAUCUCGUAGGAAUACGUUUUGUCUUGGUGGGUGUUUUAAACUGUUGGAUUCCAAGAUGCUGAACGUGUCCCUUGUGUUGGUUUUAUUGGCUGCUGCUGCCUUCGCCGAGUCGGUACGAGAGACAGAAACAUGGAUGCCUCCAAAGGCUGAGGAAUCACAUGGUGACCUCGACUCGUCUGGUGAUUUCAUUUUCCCCAUUGAGGACAGCACAACAUUUGAUGAUGAGGACGAGGGCAAUUAUGAGGACACAGAAGACUAUGAUGACAUGUCAGGCUCUGGUGAUGACAAGUCAUUAGUGUAUGAAGACUCGGUAACAGCCUCUGAGCCUGAAGAGUUUGAUAAUCGCAUCCCAGACAUAGAGCCCCCGGUUCAGCCUCGGCCAACAGAUAAUGAGAUCCAACUGGUGAGACAGAACGAAGUUGCUCACCCACCCAGUGUCCUGUUGUCUCAUGCAGGAGAACAGAACAUCUUUAACAAGACAGAAGUGCUGGCCGCUGUUAUUGCUGGUGGUGCUGUUGGAUUGCUUUUUGCUGUGCUUCUUAUCCUCCUCCUCAUCUACCGCAUGAAGAAAAAGGAUGAAGGCAGCUACGAUUUGGGCAAGAAACCCAUUUACAAGAAAGCUCCCACCACCGAGAUCUACGCAUGAGCACAAACAUACUUUAGCUAACUCAAAUAUGAACUCUGAACUGUCAACUCACACAGUGCCUCUGAAGCACAGCCUGGCUCCAUCUCUCUGUGCAGCCUGAGAAACUGCAAUCCAGCAUCUCAAAUGAAACCAUGAUUACUCUGACUGUUUCUUUGAAUUUAACUUUAUCAGGAGAGAAGGUGCUCUGUUGCAGCCUGCACUGUAUAAGUCCAGGUAUUUUCCUUUUUGUGUCUGGUUUCCAAUUGUUUUGCUCAAAGUUAAUAGCCAUUGUGUUCCCUUUCUUUAUUUCCCUGUUUUGUAACACUAAAAGGUGCGAAUGGUCCAUUUUGUGGGUAAAAAAUAUGGAUUCAGAGUCUUUACAAAACUUUGAAACCGUCAAAACUGACUUUGCACAUGUCUGUGUCAUUUAGCAGAAGCACGUGCUGUACAUGCUGGGGAAUGAUAGCCUUUUGCUUUUAAAGAAACUGUGCUGAAUAAUUUUCAUUCUUGGUGCAAAGUGGUAGAAAUUGACACUUGACAAUUGAGAACAUGUUGUUUAUCUCUAACAUUAAUGCAGGUUUAUUUUUAACACAGCAUACAUUCCAUAUGUCUAGUGUAUUAAUUAUGAAUGAUCAUGUUUCAGACUAAAAUAAUUAAGUAGUCUGGUCUUUGAGUUUAGCUGCUCCUCUUACUCUAAGUUGAUGUGUGAAUAUUUUUGCAGAAGAAAGAUCUCUGCAAACAGUUUGCGCAUUUCCAGGGGUCUGUAAAUAGCCGUUUGAAUAUGGUGAAAAUGUACAUGUCGGUACUUGGCCAUUUUUGGCAAACUUCUAUUUACCAAAUAUUUAAAUGCCAAAAUAAUUCUCUUCUUGUUUUGUCCUGGUAUUGAGUAUGAAAAUUAAACAUGGAGUGAGUGACUCUCUUCAUUGGCUAUAUAUUGCUUCUUUACCAGUGCAAAAUGGGAGUCUCGAAUUAAUGACUUGUACUAACUUUUGUUCUGUUUCUCAGUGUUUUUAUAGUUGACUUUUUCUGUCUCUUUUCAGUGUUUCAUAUAAUACUUAUAUUUUAUUAUUAUUGUGUUAAUUUAACUUUUGAAUAGACUAUUUUAUUGCCUCCCUUCAGGUCGGGGGUUUCUCCCCAUCUAAGCUGUAUAUGUAAUUUAGAAAAAAGAAAUCUAUACACUAGUGAAAGAUUUUUUCAAAGACUUUUGAUGCAUUUUUAUAUUGUAAGAGUUUUUAUUUCUUUAGUCCUUUUUAAGUAAUAUCUAUUUAUAUUUUGUAGAAGGAUACUCAUACUAGUAACAGGGUGAAUGAAUGAGCCAUGUAAUUUGCAUGGGGUGAAAGUAAGAAAAUUUGCUGCUUUUUUCAUUCAACACAUGAUGUGAAAUCACCAAUUUAGUAAAUAUAUCAGUGGAUUGUUGGUUUCUGUAUGCAGGUUCUAAUCUGAUCAGAAAUAAAGCUAUUUUUGUGCA